GGAGAAUGGAAGCGACUUUACAAAUGCAAGUAAAGUCCAUAUCUCUCUCAGUUGAUCGGCGAGUCUUGAGAAAUAUGGCGAAUAGCAAGUUCGAGUAUGUCAAGUCAUUCGAAUUGGAAGACGAAGUUAUGUUUCCUAAUUUGAUCGUUGUUCGGAUCGAUGGUCGUGAUUUUUCUAGGUUUUCUCAAGUUCAUAAGUUUGAGAAGCCUAAUGAUAAAGCAGCCCUCAAUCUGAUGAAUUCAUGUUCAGCUGCGGUUUUGGAAGAGUUUUCUGAUAUCAUCUUUGCAUAUGGAUACAGUGAUGAAUACAGCUUUGUAUUUAAGAAAACAUCAAAAUUCUACCAGAGACGAGCCAGUAAGAUUUUGUCGUUGGUAGCUUCGUUCUUUGCUGCAGUGUAUGUAACAAAAUGGAAAGAGUUCUUCCCCCAAAGAAAAUUAGAAUAUGCUCCUUCCUUCAGCUCAAAAAUUGUAAGCUGUGCAUCGGCGGAGGUUCUUCAAGUUUAUCUCGCAUGGAGACAACAGGACUGCCACGCCAAUAAUCUGUAUGAAACUUGUUUUUGGAUGUUAGUUAACAACAGAAGAAAGACCAAGACCAUAAUAAGUGAAAUACAAGAGCUUCUUAAGGAUACACAAAAGCAACAGAAAAAUGAGCUUCUCUUUCAGAAUGGUAUCAAUUACAAAACGCUUCCUGAAUUGUUUCGUCAAGGAUCAUGUCUUUUCAAGACAAAGGUGGAAGAAACUGUCAAGCAUGAUGAGAAUGGCAAUCCUGUAAAAAGAUUGAGGAGAAAGGCUGUUGUUGUACAUUCAGAGGAUAUCGCUGGAAGAAGCUUUUGGAAUGAGCACCCCUCCCUAUAUAAUGAUAUUGGUCAAUUUACGAAAGAUAUCGGCAAAAUUGAACCAGAUUUUGUUAGGUCGUUUCAGUUCGAGAACAAAUUGUUACCUUUAACUUGGGUCGUGGUUAGGAUUGACGGCUGUCAUUUUCACAGAUUUUCUGACGUUCAUGAAUUUGAGAAGCCAAAUGAUGAGCAAGCUCUGAAACUUAUGAAUUCAUGUGCAGUGGCUGUUCUCGAGGAGUUUGAGGAUAUUCACUUUGCCUAUGGUGUGAGUGAUGAGUACAGCUUUGUUUUGAAGAAAGAAUCUGAGCUCUACAAAAGACAAUCCAGUAAGAUAAUAUCUGCAAUCGCAUCCUUAUUUACAUCCACAUAUGUGAUAAAAUGGAGAGAUUUCUUCCCUCACAAAGAACUGAAGUACCCUCCAUCAUUCGAUGGACGAGCAGUAUGCUAUCCUACAUACAAGAUUCUUUUGGAUUAUCUGGCUUGGAGACAAGUUGACUGCCAUAUUAAUAAUCAGUAUAAUACAUGUUUCUGGAAUCUUGUUAAUAAUAAUAAGUCUAAAAAAACCAAAGAAGAAUCCCAAGCUCGCUUAAAGGGAACCCAAACACGAGAAAAAAUGGAGAUUCUCCGUGAAUUGAAAAUUGAGUACAAUUCAUUGCCUCUAAUCUUUCGAAUGGGUUCAUCGGUUUUCCGCUUAAAGGAAGCUGCUGCAGUCGAGAAUGGAGUAGUCUCUGGGAAGAAACUGGAAGGACAAGUGGUCGUAGAUCAUUGCAACAUCAUCGAACGCUGUUUCUGGGAAGAACAUCCACACAUUCUUAGCUAUUCAUAAAACAGCUGCUUUUCACUUCAAGACUAAUUUGUCGCAAAUCCUUUUUAAUCUCCGACCCCUUUUCUUUCUUUCUAUUUUUUGUCAACAACUUAUGAAAGCCAAUGCGGAAUCAAUUUAGUUACAUACUAAUUUUUUUCAACUGUUCAGACUUUAAAGAAGUGCUUCGGUUUUGAAUGUUUAUAUGUAGGUACAUAGCUUAUAUGAUAUGUAUGAAGAGCGGUAGUCUAGUUA